AUGCUGUUGGCUAACACACCAGUUCGAUCUCCACGAAAGGUCCGAGUAGCACCCGCUACACGAGGCAAUGGCCCUCCAUCCUUUUUUGGAGGAAUCGAUUGCGAAUCUCAGCCUAACACUUGUCCACCAGGACCUCCAGGCCCUCCUGGAGAAAAUGGUGUAACUGGCCCUGAUGGUGAGAAUGGAGUUGAUGGCCCACCUGGACAUAGUUUCGACACUGUCCGUCAAAUACCCUAUCAAACGUAUUGCAUUCGCUGCCCUCCGGGACCACCAGGACCUCGAGGUGUUGAUGGACGAUCAGGUCUUGCUGGUCGAAACGGCUUCCCAGGAAGACAAGGUUUUCGUGGAAAUGUUGGUUUCCUAGGUCGACAGGGUGAAGUGGGUGAAAAGGGCCGUGUUGGACGUCCUGGCCCUAUUGGACCUCCAGGCAGGCCUGGGCAAACUGGCCGAAGAGGACGUGGCCAUCCUGGACCUCGUGGCGCGCAAGGACCUCAUGGCCCUCCCGGACACAACGGUGACAAUGGCCCUCACGGAAUGCCCGGAGCUCAUGGACUGCCGGGAGUGGUAGGAAAUCCUGGCAAAGAUGGCUUGGCAGGAGAAACUGGACUCCCUGGAAUUCCCGGAGAGCCUGGAUUGGCUGGGGAAGAUGCCUCCUACUGCAAAUGCCCAAUAAGAGAACCUGGGAAAUCUUCGGAAAUUAGGCGAAAGGCACCACAACCGGAACAAGUAAGGGUUCACCUACGUCGGCAGCAUAAAAGGAAGGCACCAGAACCACAACCAGAACAAGUAAGGGUUCACCUACGUCAGCAGCAUAAAAGGAAGGCACCAGAACCACAACAAGAAAGCGUUAAACCACGUCCGCAGUAUAGAAGGGUCUCCAAUAAGUAA